AUGGCGGCGGCGGCGGCUUCUGUUCGCCGUCUGCCUUUCCGCAGCGGCCUUGUCUUGCUGCAGACCUCUCUCGGGCCAGGUGUGUGUGAGCCGAAGUGCUGCUCCAGAUUUUAUCCUGGAAGUACAUCCCUCCCAAAGGUUGAAGGAACAGAUAAAGCAGGGAUUGAAGAAAUAAUCAUUCCAAAAAAGAAAACAUGGGAUAAAGUGGCUGUUCUUCAGGCGCUUGCAUCCACAGUGAACAGGGAUCCUACAGCUGCGCCUUAUGUGUUUCAAGACGACCCUUACCUCGUGCCAACCUCUGCUGUGGAGUCACGUUCAUUUUUACUGGCAAAAAAGUCUGGAGAGACUGCAGCAAAAUUUAUUAUUAAUUCAAAUCCCAAAUAUUUCCAAAAGGAUAUAGCUGAGCCUCAUAUACCGUGCUUAAUGCCGGAGUACUUUGAACCUCAGAUUGAAGAUGUAAGCGAAGCUGCCCUGAAGGAGCGAAUCAAACUCAAAAAAGUCAAAGCUUCUGUGGACCUGUUUGAUCAGCUCUUGCAAGCAGGAACCGUGGUCUCUCUUGAAACAACUAACAGUCUCUUGGAUUUAUUGUGUUACUAUGGUGACCAAGAACCCCCAGCUGACUAUCCUUUUCAACAAACUGAACGUUCGGAAAACCUGGAAGAGGCCACAGAGGAAAAUAAUCAAACAUCCAAGAUGAAGACUAGUCUUUGGAAAGCACAAAACAAUGCUGAGAGAAUCUUCGCCCUGAUGCCAGAGAGGAGCGCACGCUCCUACUGCACGAUGAUCCAAGGGAUGGUGAAGCACCGAGCUUAUGCACAGGCGGUGAAUGUGUACACCGAGUUACUAAAUAAUAGACUUCGUGCUGAUGUUUACACCUUCAAUGCAUUGAUUGAAGCAAGAAUGUCCAUACCCGAUGAGAAAUUUGAGGAAAGAUGGAAUAAUGUACUGGAUCUACUGAAACAUAUGGUUGCACAGAAGGUGAAACCAAACUUGCAGACUUUUAAUACAAUGUUGAGAUGUCUCCGGAAGUUUUACUCGCUUGGAAGGUUGCCAGGCUUACAGACGUUACGGGAAAUGAAGCAUGUUGGAAUAGAACCGUCCCUUGCAACGUAUCACCAUAUUAUUCACCUCUUUUAUCAACGAGAAAGCACGAUGAAACGACCAUCUGUCAUCUAUGAUAUCAUGAGUGUAUUAGAGGGGAGGAAAUUUUAUCCAAGGGACCCGGAUGAUGAUAAAUUUUUUCAGUCGGCCAUGAAUGUGUGUUCAUCUCUUAGAGAUUUAGAGCUUGCUUACCAAGUACAUGGCCUUUUAAAUACGGGGGACAACCGGAAAUUGAUUGGACAUGAAACUCAACGUAAUUUCUAUUAUUCGAGGUUUUUCAGUUUAAUUUGUUCAAUGGAACAUAUUGAUGUCACCUUGAAGUGGUAUAAGGACCUCAUACCUUCAGUGUUCCUUCCCCACUCCCAAAUAUUCAUAGGUCUUCUCCAAGCAUUGGAUGUGGCCAAUAGGCUAGAAAUGGUUCCUCAGAUUUGGAAAGACAGUAAAGAAUACGGCCAUACUUUUCGAGAAGCCCUAAAAGGAGAAAUCUUGAUGCUCAUGGCCAGGGAUAAACACCCACCAGAGCUUCAGGUGGCAUUUGCUGACUGUGCUGCUGAUAUCAAAUCCACAUAUGAGAGCCCUGAUGCCCCGCAGACUGCUCUUGAUUGGCCAGCCAACCAUCUACAGUAUAUAGCUGUUCUUUUUUUAAGAGGCAGCAGAACCCAAGAAGCCUGGAAAAUGUUGGCGCUUUUCAAAAAGCACAAUAAGAUUCCCAGAAAUGAGUUGCUGCAGGAGUUUAUGGACAGUGCAAAAACAUCAAAUAAUCCUGCCUUGGCCAUUGAGGUUGUGAAGCUGGCAAGUGCCUUCAGCUUGCCUAUUUGUGAGAGCCUUGCCCAAAGAGUAAUGACUGAUUUCACAGUCACCCCAGAACAAAAAGACGCCCUGGACAACCUCACUGCAUUGAAUAGCAGCAGCGACGAAGAUAGCAGCAGUGACAGUGACAAUGACAGCAGUGAAGACAAAUCAAAGUGAGCUGCCGGAAGGAUAGAAGUGGUAAAAUAAGCAGAUGCAGGCUGGUGAUGUAAUACAAGCUCUGUAGCACUAGCCUAGACUCAUCUCCAGCACCACAAAGAUGCAGGUCUGGUCAGUUUUUUACCAAGACAGUGACAAGCACUGUGAGGCUUGUGGCUCUUGGGGAAAAAACAAGCUACACACACAUGCAGUGCUGCCGGCCCCUCCCACUGUGCUGUCAUGUC